CGAUAGUGGCGCCAAGAAGGUGCCUGUUUUUUGCUACAUUACAAAAAAAGAAACAGCCAAAAAGAAAUAAUAUAAUCGAUAAUUGACGCGUUCGAACGUGUUCAUGAUGGCGAAGUGAUUGAAGAAAUAGUUUGUGCAUAUAGAAUCCGGCCUUUAUUAAAUAUAGACAUUGCUAAAUGGAUUGUUCCGAGGGUACUGAUUUGUCGGAAUUUAGGGACUAUGAGUCUUACGCUGCUCCUAGUUUUUAUUCGGAAGUUACAACGGACAAUGAAUGUAAAUUCGAGAUGUACACCCCACGGGAUCGGGAUGUUGACGAUGAAAAUCGAUUGGAAACGGAUUCAAUUAAAACAGAGGAUUUCGAAAAGUGCUUUCAAACAAUUGUGGAAAACGAAUGCCGACCUUUAAAUGGUUCUAAUAAAAGAGAUUCAGUUUUGGAAAAGUACGGUAAGCCUAUAAUGCCUAGCCGCACUAAACCUACGAUUAGAAGAUCUUCGAAAAGGGAGAAUUCCAUUAGUUCUAAGGUAUCAACUAUAAGUGCGGAUACGAUAAAUAGUACAGAUGUGUCCUUACUCCACGGAGACUUAACAAAUUACAAAAAAAUUUUACGUAAGACCCAAAUGGAGCUUAAACAAUGUCGUAAUCUGUUAGAAAAGGUAAAAGCUGAACAACUAUUGGCGGAAUUUAAAAGAGAUGCGACAAUUAAAGAAUACGAGGCACUUAGUAGACAAAUUCUGGAAAGUAGAAGAGAAAUUGACGAUGUUAAGGUGGAGAAUACGAGAAUCAAUAAAUCUAUUGAAGAAGCUGUCGAAAGUGAAAGAAAAUCAUGGAUGACAAAAUUCUGUGCCCUCGAGAAAUCUUUAAAUGACCAAUUGGAUUCGGUUGCUUGCGAGAAGGAUGAGUUUAAGAAGCAAUUAAAUAAUUUAAGUAAUGAAACUUUAGACGAGAAAAGGAAAUGGAAGAGUAUGAACGAUGAUUUAAAUCAUCAAUUAUCUAGAUCCGAAAAGAAGUACGAAGAAAUUAGCAAAGAUUUCAAUAGUAUUCAAAAGAAAUAUUAUAAUCUUCAAUUAAAAUAUAGAAAGCUUGAGGAAUCGAAUUUAGAUAUUAUGACUAAGAAAUCGGUACAAACUAAUGAUUUUAAAGAGAAUCUUCACUCGCAAAUAUCUGAUAUAAAGAUGAUGGCCGAAGCAGAGACUAAUCAAGUUAGACGUCAAUUAAGCGAGAUAAUCGAUGAACAAGCUAAAACUAAAUCCGAACUUGCCGAACAGUGUAGAGAGAAUGAACGCUUAAAAUUAAAAUUAAGAGAAUUGGAAAAGGAUGCAAAUUGUAAUGAUAGAAAGUUGGCUGUUUUAGCUGAAGAUGCGCAAAAAGCAUUAAAUGAAUCUCUAAGCGAAAGUCAAAGGAUUAUGAAGGCAGAAAGGGAUUUGUUAGAGGAAGAGAGACAAAAGAGUUUUACGGCUCUUAAUGACCAAUUUCAACAAACGCAAGAAGCUCAUAAGCAGACAGUUUCUCUUUUACAAUCUCAAAUUGAGGCUAAAAUUGAACAAAAUCAAAUGCUAAAAGGAAAAUUGGACGAAUCGAAUGAUUUAAUAAAUGAAUUGCAAAAUAGAAUGGAACUAAAGGAGGAAGAGUGUCGUUUAAACGUAAUUAAUGAAUUUAAACAAUGGAAAUUGGAAAAGAAACGAAGCCAUGAAAUCGAUAUUAAUAACCUUCGUUCGGAAUUGAAUAUGGCUCUUAACACAACCAAAGAUGAACUCCAUAGAGAGAGAGCAAUAACCGAGCGUCAAAGCGACGAAAUUGAACGUCUUCAUCAAGAGUUAGACAAGCUACAAAGCCUAUUAGACGACACUAUCUACUCAAAACAGUCCGCUUUAGCCGAACUUCGUCACGAAUUAACAGUUAAAAAGCAUAAAGAAGUUAAUCAAAUAAAAAAUUGCGCUGAAAAUCAGACUUUACUGGACUGCGAUAAGCAGCAGCGUCUCCUACAAAAUGUCGAAAUUCAGCUAUCCAAUCUCAGACGGGAGAGAAAUGACGCUCUCUUAAGGGAGAGGGAAGCUAUAGGAAAAUACGAUAGAUUCGAAAAGCAUAUCACGUCUCAAAUGCAUGAUGAAUGCAGAAAAAUUAUUGAAAACUUUGCUAUUCAAAUCCCUGUUAAUGAAAAUGGAUCACAAAAUAGAAAGAACAGCUUUGGAUCAUCUCUCAGCUAUUUACGUAGUAUAAUGGUGGAAUUAAAACGUUCUUAUAAUGCAAUUAAAUCCGAUUUAAAGAAUGUAAAACAAUUAGUUAUACAAUACGAAAGGAAGAGAGGCGGUGAAAUCGACAAGAUAAGAGAAUCAUUCCAUAAGGAUAAGAUGAUUGCUCUCGAUGCUUUAAAAGAAAGAUUAAUUGCCGAACACGUUGAUCAAAUAAAUAAAUUACAACAGACAUUAUCAAAAUCACCUAGGCAACUGGAAAAGUCUCAAUUACCCUAUCAGCCUCCAAUGAUAAAUCAACAUCAAAAUGAGAUUGUAGCUCAAAAAUUUCACGAUGAUUUUCGUUCGAACAUGGAAAAGCAAAUUUUACAAGAAUCCUCACAUUGGCAAAAUGAUAAGCAAAGAUUACAAGAUCAGAUUUAUUCAUUGAAAAAUGAACUAUCAAGUUUAAAAGGCGAUAAAUAUUCUUUUAAUAAAGUAGGAAAAGUUUUUUAAUUAAAUUAAUUAGAUUGAUUAAUUAAUUAAUUAAUUAUAAACAAUUUAAAGCCAAAGUCUUAUCUCUGCAUGCCAUCGGAUUCUGAAGUGAAGAUAUAUAAAGAAUGUUGAAAAAAGCUGACUGCUCAAUGAAAAUCAAUUUUUUGGCGUGUUGAUAAUCAAGAGUUUAUCCUUUUUACCUUUGUUUUGUUUUUUUUUACACCUUUUUUGUGCUGUCGGCCAAAGUAGAAUUUAUUUGCUAUAGAAACUUAUAUAUAUA